CUCCCCGGGUGUAAAUAAACGCUGGCCAGCGCAGUGUUACCAGCGGUCAACGACGAGAAAGAUGACGGUGGACACGGAGACGCGAGAAAUGAGGGACACAUUUGAGAAACAGCAGGACGCUCAUGGAGGAUUGUGGGACUCGGUAAAGAAAGCAGGGUUUGUGAUUGGCUCUGGGAUCUUGUUUCUCGCUGCCUUUGGGAACUCCCUCACAUGGCACCUGCAGAAGUUCUGGGGAGCAUCUGGAGACUUCUGGCAGACUCAGUGGAGCAAACUUCACUCGAGGUUUGAGGGACAUGACCAGACUCUUUUUACUUUGGGGACCAUGCUGGUGCCCACUGUGGUGUUCUGGUUGACUAAUGCUCUGCUGCUGUUCGUGGACAUCACUGCCAAACCCUCGUUCAUCACAAAGUACCGGAUCCAACAGGACAAGAACAACCCGGUGGACCCUGCCAAGCUGCGUCACGCCCUGAAGAUUGUGCUAUUUAACCAGGUGUGCAUCUCAGGGGCCAUGGUGGUGGCGGCAUACCACCUCAUGUCCUACAGGGGACAGCCCUGUGGCCCCGAGCUGCCCACGUUCCACUGGGCUCUGCUGGAGCUGACUGCCUUCGCCAUAAUCGAGGAAGUGCUGUUCUACUACUCCCACAGACUCUUCCACCAGCCCAGUCUGUACAAGACCUUCCACAAACAGCACCACGAGUGGACAGCUCCCAUCGGCAUAGUCUGCAUCUACGCCCACCCUCUGGAACAUGUGAUCUCAAACAUGUUGCCCGUAGCGAUCGGGCCAGUAUUGUUGGGCUCUCACCUCAGCACUACGUGUCUGUGGUACUGCCUGGCCCUCAUCAGCACCACUGUGUCUCAUUGUGGGUACCAUCUGCCCUUCCUCCCAUCACCAGAGUUCCACGACUUCCACCACCUCAGGUUUAAUCAGUGCUAUGGUGUUCUCGGGAUCUUAGACAGACUCCACGGCACCGACUCAAAGUUCCGUCAAACCAAACAGUACGAACGCCACACACUUCUCACCAGCCUGACCCCCCUGACCGAGAGCAUCCCUGACGUGCCCAAGAAAGGCCUCUGAACCUGGGGUAACUCUGUGAGCAGGUCCCCAUCUAUUGCAGCUGGAGCCUGGAACCCACUGUACCUGAUUUUUACUGUCUUAAAAACAUGAAAACAGAGCAAGUUCAUUUUAAAGGGUUUGCUGUGGUCCAGUUAUUCCUCACUUACCUUAUGCAUUCAGAGCAUCCUAAUUUAAUGAGUUAUAUAUUUAAGGAAACCAGUUAAUUCAACUAUUUAAAUGUAUUAUUAAUGUGUAUAGUUUGAUGUUCAAGUACUUAUUAUCAAAACAUUUAACAUUAUGAUUUGAGAGAUUUUUUACGUCAGAUGCCCUUCCUAGUUUUGUCAAUGAGCAAUAUUAUGCACUCAUGGGAGAUCUGAAUCGGCUACCUUCUGGAUAGUGGGCAAAUAUUUAACACAAAACAGUUAAAAAAUACUUGAAAUUCAUUUUUAAGGUAACUGCUUCUGAAAGACAUUGUAAGCUUAACAAAAAGUGCACUUAAUGAAUCUCUAACCAACUAUGACACUAAAGAAUUUCAUUUUUUCACAGUGGUAAAAUAAUUAUAAUUUAGAUUUCACAUAUUUUCCUCAUUUCAUGUAUGUUUAGACAAGAGUUAACAAAAUGUGUUUGCUUUCAUUUCCUUGUUGCACUAGCCAAGCCAUACGCACAAUAAUGGUGAAUAUCUAAGCUAACCUGAGACAAACAGGUAGUAUACUUUAUGGAUUGUAUUCAACUACUCUUAAAUUCUCAUGUUUAACACUUUUAUCACAAUGUUUAAACUUUGCACUUGGAAACAGAGCAAUGCAAACGAUGCUCCGAAAGCCUCCAUUUAAAGAUUGUAUUUUGAAUUAUUCUGUAAUUGUUUAAGUAAUUUUUGUGUUUUUUAAAGUGUAUGUUUAAAUUGAAUGUUGAGUAAAAUAAGUGUUUAAAG